AUGACUGACGCAGUGGAACUGACGCCGACUGCAUACCCGAUAGGGGAUAUCUCAGUUUCUGAUAAUGUGCAACCGCAGCUUACAGACCCCCAACAACUUGCUGAGGACUCGAAAAAGAAGAACAAGCCAUUAAGUGUUUUCACGACGAAUUUUGUGCUUCGCCAAAAUUUUGGGUUGGGAGUAUCGCUCUAUUUUGACUUUUUGUAUUACGUGAUGCUCUCUGAUUUAAUUAUAGGUGUUGGGAUGGUGUUUGUGUGGACGGUACAGAGUGAAUAUGCAUCAGUCACGACCAAUCCGAUGUCGAUAUUAUACAUCGAAGCGUAUGGUUCUGGUGCGUUCAAUUAUUACUUCUUUUUCAUCACUAACAUCCUCUUUUUCAUUGUGUGUUUAGGACAAGGGUUAUAUUACUACCUCUCCCGGCGAAAUAUCGUCAAGAGGGAAUACGAGAAGGAAAAGAUUUUAAUGGAAAUCGACAAGGACUUUGUCAACAUGAUAUCAAUGCCAUCGGAACGGGACAAAGAUGGGUCAAUGCUUCAGAAAGGGAAGUCGUCGUGGAUCAAUCGGAAGUCGUUUAAAGUCCUUUCAUAUGUGAUCUUCAUGCUCUUCACCUUAUUCUUUUGUGGCGUUCUUGUCGUCGUUAUUUACUUCAAACCCGAACAAGACAAAAUUCAAAAGUUCGUCGACGAUCAAUUACAAAAGAUCAACGUCCCACUGUUCUCGUUUUAUGAUAUUUUAGUGUCUGUGCUACUCUACAUAUUCUAUCAAAUACUUCGCGUCAUCGCAAAGUUGGUCUCAAUGAUCGAAAAACAUAGAAAAUAUAUCGGUUACGUCACCGGAAGAACCAUCAAAUAUUUCAUCGGUAAAAUUUUCUUGGUCAUGUCAAUUUAUAUCACAAAUCGAUUAACUAACUUCGAUAAAGGAUGUCCACUCGCGUCCGCUGGAUCAACAUUCUUCACCGUCGUCUUGACCGAUUUGGUCCUCACAAAUUUCUUCGGCUUGUUAAUGCCAUUCAUACAGCACAAGUUCCCCGUGUUGAAAAAACUCCAAAUAAAACUCGCGAAGUGCUUGUUGCCUUGUUGGAAACAGAACUUCGAUGAGACUGAUAUUGAGGCACAAUUUGAAAUUGAAAGUGAGUAUUUUGAAAUCUACUUCAGACAGUUUAAUGUCUUAGUUGGUUCUACGACUUCACCCAUUUUGAUGUUAAUUGGUGCGUUAUCGUUUGCUAUUGAAUAUGCAUGUGACAAAGUCAAACUUGUGAAGUUCUGUUACAAGUCGAAGAAGACCCCGGGGAUGAUGAUCCGAUUCAACCAGUGGUUUUUGACAUUCACGUUCAUUCUCUCCUUCAUAUUGUGGCCGUACGGCGGAUUUUGGAUCGUAUCUGGAGAUUUGUUCGGCCUUCUCAAUAAAAAUUAUUGUGACUGCAAUCUGUUUAGAAGUCGAAAUGACUUCUUAUUGAUGCAGUGCUAA